GUCUGAUUGUUCCAGUGCCUCUUUGAAUCCAGAUGUUAGUUUCUGAUCCUGCUAUUCCUUCUUCAUUAAACAUUUUCACAGCGUCCAAAUCUAAAGUGGUGAUAAAAAGGGAAUAGGUGGUCUGGCUAUAGGUUAUCUUCCUUUUAAAACCUUUGGGUGUUAUCCUCUGAGAUGUGGUGUCAUCCCCUCCAGUGUCAGCUCAAGCCUAGUCCACCUGUAAAAUAACUCCUGAGUGGAAGAACUACUCCGCUACUGUCACAUGCUGGGUAGGCGGGCUCGAACGCAGCGAUUGGAAAUCUGGAGAUGCGCUUAUCUGUGAUUGGGGCCCAGAGGGAGUGUGCUGAAAACGAGCAGGGCGGGAGCAUUGCGCGUCCGAGGCUUUGUGUUUCAGAUCUAAUAUCUCACAUAUCAAUAAUUCAGCGCGCAAGCAGAAGGACCCCGCGCUAUGUAUUCAACUGCGCUUCAACUCGACAAGGGCCUCGUACCGCUCUCGACUGGUUAUUUGAUUACGGAGUGAGACAAGACCGGGAGGCUUGAGCCGAAAGGGGAAAAAAUAAGUUAACACGGGAAACGAGUCGGAAAGGGAACUAUCCAUGAUUUAAGCGCUGGGAAAAGGUACCAAACCUGUCUUUGACCUUUCCGAGACUUAGAGAAAUACACAAGGACAGGUAGGCUAUAAUCAAGGAAGAAGGGGUUGGUCAUUUGGAAAGACUCAGUUUUGCAGAAGAAGUCGGCAUUUUCUAAAUACAUCGUUCAAAUCAGAAAACCCCCGUUCUUUGUGCUGGAUACAGCAACGAAGUGCAGAGUGAAGUUGCCGUUAUGUUGACGCUCCUACUGGGUGCAGUGUGUCUAGGGACUCUAGUGAACGCUCAGAACGAGACAGAACCCAUCGUGCUUGAGGGGAAAUGUCUGGUUGUUUGCGAUUCCAACCCAACUUCGGAUCCCACCGGUACCGCGCUUGGGAUAUCGGUGCGCUCCGGAAGCGCAAAAGUGGCUUUUUCUGCCAUUAGAAACACGAACCACGAGCCGUCCGAGAUGAGUAAUCGGACUAUGGUAAUCUACUUUGACCAGGUAAUUGUUAACAUUGGUAAUAAUUUCGACGGUGAGAGAAGUAAUUUCAUCGCCCCGCGCAAAGGGAUUUACAGUUUUAAUUUCCACGUGGUCAAAGUGUAUAAUCGACAAACUAUCCAGGUGAGCCUGAUGCACAACGGAUGGCCCGUGAUCUCGGCCUUCGCUGGAGACCAGGACGUCACCCGAGAGGCUGCCAGUAAUGGAGUGCUGAUCCAAAUGGAGAAGGGGGACCGAGCCUACCUCAAACUGGAGAGAGGGAACCUCAUGGGGGGCUGGAAGUAUUCCACAUUCUCUGGGUUCCUGGUCUUCCCCGUGUAGAGGACAAGGAGACUGGAGGGACUAAUGCUUUUCAGCACGGCGGCUUGGGAGACUGUGGAGAGAGAGAGAUAGAGGAAGAAAGCUAGUCAAAGAGGGAGAGGAAGUGAACUACAUAUAUAUGUCUAUGUAUAUAUAUAUAAUGGGAAGGGAAGUUAACGCGAUGAGUAGGGUUUAAUUAUUUGGACAGGCUCUCCAACACACUCACUCACUCCGCUGCCUGACUACAGCUUUGGACAGCCAAAACUUUUUUAUCCUCACUAUCAUUAAAAAAACGUUAGAGAGAGUUAAAAACUAGAGGCCAAGACCACCCCUUCCCCUGCAUCUUCUCUUUCUGCAUCUGCUUUGAGGAAUGUCUCUGUAUUAUCUACAGUGUCAAAGAGUUGCAUCCACAUUUCCACACAUCGUAAGACCAUCCAUCCCCAUCCAUUCUCUGUGAGUCCACGUUUCACUUCAACAUGUUUGUGUACUGUCCAACAACACGUUUUCUACAUCCCUCCAACAGUAUUGCCAUGUUCCGAAAGAUACUGUUCUGUACCACUGAGUCCUCUUCCCUCCUCCCCACUCUCUGUUUUUCUGUUAGUCCUUUGUUUAAUACUCGUCCUUUCCUCCUUUUCUCUCCUGUUGUGUCCUCCUCCACUCUUCUCUCCCUACAUUGUUAUGGCUGGAGGAUUGCUGAAACUCUAAAGACUUGCUGUAUACUGGAAAUAUAUAUAAAAUCUGAAAGUUUCUAUAUGAUAUAAUCUAUGAUUAACAGAAUCUGGUUGAAUAUCUGUAUUUCCGUAUUUUAAUGUUAAAUUUAGUGAUUGUGUGUGGAUUAUGAGGCUGCCGUUAACUACUGAUGCUUCUUGUUUUUGUUACGGUCGAAAUGUGGCUAAACUGAAACUAUAUCAGAAAAACUAUAACAUAAUUUUAUUAUGACUAUUACCUGUAAAAUACAUGUGAAUAUUUAGAAGAAACAAAUCCUCCCUUUUCUUUAUCAAUUUAUCAAUUGUUUUUUAUUUGCUUUGAUCCAAUAAAAUUUAAAUUGUACUUUUAUUUUUCUUAAACCUAAGUGGAGACUCAUUGCGAUUCAUUUGCUGGAACCUAGUUGGCAUAACAUCUAAGACCGUCUCCACCCAUCUCCCCAUCUGCCAUUGAAUUUGAGAAAGUUGUGCGGAAUGAGUAAUGAUCAAGACAUAGGUUGUGUGUGUGUGUGUGUGUGUGUUCUUACCGUGUGUUAUGUGUAUGUGUUAGAGCCUGCAUUGUUGUUGGGUGUGUGUGCGGCGCUGUCUGUUGUUCCCAGUGACUUUGCCUGCCUGCCUGGCUGCCUGCUGAUCCGCUGUAGAGAGCACAUCCCGUCUGGUGGUUGGGGGCUUCACUGCUCUUCUCUUGCUGCUGCUGCUCACUCUCAAGACUUUAAUGAGCUCCUGGGGGGAAAUUAGGGCUGGAAUAAUAAGAACACUCUGCUGCUAAUACAAAGAUCAUGUUGUGUUAGUUUCCCCCAUUUUCUCUUUUCCACUCUUGUCCUCCCCUUUUCCACUUUGGCUUGUUACUCAUGAUAACCAUUUAAAGAGCAGUGAAAUUAUUCUUGAUCCUGGGAUUGUGUUUUAUGUCCUAAUGAUGGCAUUUUUGUUUGUCUAUGUAUUUAUGUUUAACCUUUUAACAACAUUUUGGGUUUUCGGUGAUGUUUAGUACCUAUUCCUUUAUAAAUGUAGCUUUUGCUUACAAGGCUUUUGUUGCUUUGCGGUCAGUCCAAGGUCCACGUCCUCUAACAUAAUUUGAUUGAGGGAGAUGAAGUGAAAUGUAAAUUGUCUGCAGUAGGUCACAGCAUAGCAAGCAGGGUGGUGUGGAGGCAGCUAGGCUGGCAUGGUACCCACCCACCCUAGCUGACACCUCUGCCCUCCCUCACCCUCUGUCUCAAUGUCAGGGAAACAGCUGACAGGGAAUCUGAAAACCCAUGUAUGGAAAUGUACACAGAUUUCCUGCUGGCCUCCACACUUUUCAUGUUGUCAUCUCAUAUGCGCUGCUAGCUAGACAGGCCAAUGGUAGGACAGCCCUGUCCCAUACGCCCUUCUGACCCCAGGACAUGCCUCACUCUGCCGUGUUUCAUCCUCCUGGUUUACAUGUGCCAGUCCAUCGUCUGUGCUGUGCUGUGCAUUGUGACAUUGUUUUUCUGUUACAUGAAUAAGGAAAGGCUAUCGGAAUAGAGAGUUAGAGCAUGUAUAUGUAAACUGACUUGUAAGUGUACUUGUAAAUACUUAUUCUUUACACAGAAAUGUGUUGCUUUAAAGUGAGAAAUGUUCUGAUUGUGAUCACUAAGAUCCAUGCAAUGAGCUUAGAGGGUGCAUAGCCUUUGGCUGUUUGGGAAGUAUAUUCUAACAUGACUGAUCAAUUUUUUAGGACUGAUUUACGGUAUGCCUGUGUUCAAUUCGUUUACUUAAGGCUAGUGGAGAGCUAUGAACUGAGAAAUUAUCGAUAUAUAAUUUAUUUAUUCCUUAAUUUACAUAUGUUAAUGGAUGGUUGUUCUGGAAACAUGCUGUUUCAGUGUUGGGAGUGAAGUGAAAGAGCUUGUUGGGUGAGUGUUGUGUUGGCUAGGCUAGUCUUUUGGGCAUUGUGGGGUGAAUGUGGAGUGAGACUGCUUGGGGCAUUGUGGGGUGAGACUGCUUGGGGCAGUGUGGGGUGAGACUGCUUGGGGCAGUGUGGGGUGAGACUGCUUGGGGCAGUGUGGGGUGAGACUGGUUGGGGCAGUGUGUGGGUGAGACUGGUUGGGGCAGUGUGUGGGUGAGACUGGAAUGCACAAUGUGGGGUAAGACUGGUUUGGGCAGUGUGGGGUGAGACUAGUCUGGUGCUUUAGAGUGGUUGGGGGAGUAAGACCCUGGUUGGGGCAGUGUGGGGUAAGACUGGUCUGGCAGUGAGGGGUGAAACAGUUCAGCCCAUUUGUGGUGAAACUGGUUUGGCUGUGUGCGGUGGUAUUAGUCUGGGCAGAGUGGUGGUGAGACAGGUCUGGCAGUGUUAGGUGGUAGUAGUCUGGGCAGAGUGGUGGUGAGACAGGUCUGGCAGUAUUAGGUGGUAGUAGUCUGGGCAGAGUGGUGGUGAGACAGGUCUGGCAGUAUUAGGUGGUAGUAGUCUGGGCAGAGUGGUGGUGAGACAGGUCUGGCAGUAUUAGAUGGUAGUAGUCUGGGCAGAGUGGUGGUGAGACAGGUCUGCCGGUAUUAGGUGGUAGUAGUCUGGGCAGAGUGGUGGUGAGACAGGUCUGGCGGUAUUAGGUGGUAGUAGUCUGGGCAGAGUGGUGGUGAGACAGGUCUGGCAGUAUUAGGUGGUAGUAGUCUGGGCAGAGUGGUGGUGAGACAGGUCUGGCGGUAUUAGGUGGUAGUAGUCUGGGCAGAGUGGUGGUGAGACAGGUCUGGCAGUAUUAGGUGGUAGUAGUCUGGGCAGAGUGGUGGUGAGACAGGUCUGGCAGUAUUAGAUGGUAGUAGUCUGGGCAGAGUGGUGGUGAGACAGGUCUGGCAGUAUUAGAUGGUAGUAGUCUGGGCAGAGUGGUGGUGAGACAGGUCUGGCAGUAUUAGAUGGUAGUAGUCUGGGCAGAGUGGUGGCGCUGCCCCUCAGAGGUCCUCAUUAGUGUCCACUGCCUGGCCCAUCCGUCUGAGGGUGAGACAUUAACCAGAGCUGAGGGCCAAGCCACGCGAAAUAGCAGAGAGAACGAGUGAGAGAGAGUCUCAGUGAAAGGGACAUGCUGUUUUUGUCCCUCAUGAUCAAACAAGGAAGGGGAAUUUGGAUGGUAUCCGUCUGUUCAUAAGUCAUACACUACUUGCCUUAUCAUCUUAGACAGCAGUUGAACAGUUUUGGCAAAAUGUGGGUGAAUUAUGCGUCUUUUCAUAAAAUUCAAUAUGUGCCACAUUUCACUGAUUAGCCAGAGGGUGGCACUAUAACAAACAACUUAAAAUGCAGGUAAAGGUCAUGCCCUUUACCACCCUUUUUGUAAAGCCAUCAGAUUUGGAUUAUAUAUCCCUUUCUUCACUAGGAAUGCAUUUGCCUCAGUGGCCAGUGUCAACCAUGAUGAAUUUUCGGCCAUUUUUCAUUUAUUAAAAAUCACCUAAAAUGACAUAGUGACCAGUUUAACUGAAAAUGUAUUCAAGGCAUCUAUGGACCAGAAUUGCUCAAUCCAGUAUUUUUCAUAUUCUUACCUAAACAAACAUGGCUGCAAUUGACAAAUGAAGAUUAAUGUGGGUGUAGUCUGGCACAAAUGCAUAUAAAUCAGUCAAGAAUAUUCGUAUUGUAACCAAAUAUGGCACACACGUUGUAUUGUAACCAAAUAGCACACACUGUCAACAUUAAGAAAUGCAAGAACAUAUUAUAAUAUAGGCACAUUUAGGAACAUGUUUUAAUCUCUUAAUCGGUUUGACUAAGUGAUGCAAUUUGGCAAAAAUUCUCAGGGAUUUGAGGUUAGUAUCUCAGACUCAUUUCUCAGGCAUCACUGGUCUGAAGUUGACCAAACAUUGCUAUAUGUCCAGCCAUCCUCUAUUCAUUGGCACAAUAAUAAUCAACUAAAGUGUGUUAGUAUCUCAACUGAUUCACUUGUAUAUUUGGUUGACAGCACUUCUCAUACAAUAUAACACAAUUUACAGUUUGAAAAUUAUUGGAAACAUUUACCAUAAAAAGGGCCAGUGAGAAAUUGUGUGUGAAACCUAAUUAAAAAUGUAAAUACCUCUGCCAUUUUUAAGUCAUUACUUGCUGUGUCCUGGAAGUCAAUUAAACACAAGUGUGUAGUUAGUAUUUUGUUGUAGCAUUUUGAUUUCGCAAACAGAAUUUAUGUUACAAACAGUUAUUUCCCUGAGGUGCCAAAAGGUGUCUUAAAAAGAAUCUUACAAAGUCGCAUGCAGGGAAUAUGUUUGGAUGUCUAUACUGUAUAAGAAACAGAUUCAGUGAUUUCCAAAACCCUUGUCAAAAAGCUCUUGCUUUUUCACAAUUUUACUUUUUCAAGAAAUGUCAUAAAUAAUUUGCACUUAUCAUUAUUAUGUUGAUAUUAACUUUGUGUAAUAUAAUGAUGAAUCAGCGAUUGAAUCAAUGGGUAACUUUUAGAAAUUCAAACCCAGUGUGGAUAGUCCAGAUUCAUACGAUAUGGUCAAUGAAAAGUGGUAGCUUAGCGGGACUAUUAGAAUUCUUCUAUUCAUUUUGUUGGCAAUUCGGUUUUUAAAUCUGGAACCACUCGAUGUAAUAGAUUUAGAGAGAAUAUGGCAAGCAGUGGUUCAGAAAAUAUCUCGGUCUUCCCAUAUAACGUAUUCCUCCAAAUUGCUCAGCGAGCACAUCUACGUACGCUUUCUCCCAUCCAUAUACACUGAGGUGAGGCGCACUCACUCGCCUGGCUCGAUCACAGCCAAUUUUACACCAAUUAGUCUCCAAACAAGCUCAAUAAAGACAGACUCGAAUUGGCAACCCAUGUGAGUGUAAACAUGAUUAUUUCUAGGAAAUGACUUCGGAUUUGGAGUACAUAGUGACAAGCAAUUAGGGCCAAUUGCUCAAAUGCUAUGGUAAAAAGUGACGGAGUACAAGCGCAUGAAUUAAUAGGGAAAGUGGCGAGUCACCACAGAUGUAAUAAUCGUAAUGGCCGUAUGAGGGACCACAUUAAGGAUGUUUACUUUUAGUAUGAUGAUCGGGUGAGAGGGGAGUAAAUAAACCGCUUCUGAAAUUUAAUUAACCGCCUGCUAGAUUUGAUUUGCCAGUUGUUGUGGGAUUGUGAGUCGAUAGCGGGUGGUAGCAGUUUUGACACAACUCCGUCAUUUUUCUGAGGUUUAGCCUGAGCGUUGGCUAACAGAAGGACUAAAUCACUUAAUUUACUAAAUAAAAGUUUCUGCAACUCUGAAGAGAUGGUUUUGAACGUGCAAAUUAUUGUUUAGUCCUUUGUGUUUAAAUGAUCAAGACAACUUAUUUUCUUCCCUGCAAGUUCAUUGGUAAUUACAUGCCUCCGCAUCGAUCCAUGUAAAUCACGUUAUUCAUUUGCCUCCGCAUGUCACGUCACAAAAAGGUACCCUGUUAAUUCAAUUAACGAAGUAAAUAGAAAAAAGAAAAGGUUCUUAAUGCUUCUGGAUACAUUUUUAUUCACUGAUUUAUUUUUCAGUUUAACACGAUGAAUAAGAGUUAAAACACGCUACUUAAUCUGCGUUUUGUGUGCUUUUAACCAACGCCAUUCACAUUUAUUGUGUUCGUGUUUGUGACUAAUAUUCUUUUUCUGAAUGGUGGCGAGGUGUUUAUCCUAGGUGCGGGUGGCAUUUAUCGAAUAUUUUGUGUAUUUCUUUAUUUCUAUUUGUACUUAUCCCCAGACCUGUCAUCACCAUCAGGACCCCAAAGCUACAGAAACGAUGAUAAAGUCCCAUAAGAUCAGAUAAAAGUUAGUUAAGUCCCAUGAGAUGGAGGAAACAUUGGGAUGUAUUCUAUAAAUGCUCCAGGAUAUUUGGCAAUGGAAUACCAGGAUGUCGGGUAGGCCUUUUCUGUUAGGUGUAUGUGAUAGGUCUAUUUUGUGUACAGUAGGUCUAUGUCAGGUAAGUCUAUAUCAGAUAGGUCUAUGCCAUGGCCUAUAAUUCUCAAAAAUAUACAGUAGAGGCUAGGCUAAGUUUAGGGCUAAAGGUAACGUAGUUCCUCUCGAUUAUAGUGAAUCAAACGCAAUAUAUCAUUGCAUGGAAAGCAUUCAGAAAAAAACAUUUUUGAACACUUUUUCCUGAGUGUAGCAGUUAUUGUUUUCUUGUGAGCCUCAAUCUGCAGCCCUCAACAUGCCUUUCCUCUGGGAAAUAAAGCAGUGAACCACAGGGAUUAAAAUGAUUUACAAAAUCGUGAGGAACAACACAGUAAGGUGCAAGAAAAUCUGAGGAAUCAAUGUUAUGUUGUUGACUGAUAGGUUUCCAUUUAUUUUCUUCAGUUCCUUCUGAGACGUAGACCGAUGUGCAUGCUGCAUUAAAUAUUGUGUUAAUACUGAAAUAGAUGAUUUUGAUUUUUUGUGCUGAAAUCUGAUUUUGUCUCUCAAUAUACAGUUUUACCAGUAUUAUUUAUUUGUUACAACCUCACUGUGUAAAACUCAAACAUUUUGUAACGAUUGGUAAAACAGAUGAAGCUAGUUUUCUCAUCUAACCAACAUGUGUGAUUAAGGCCUACAUAUAGGGUCGUUUACAUUUCUCUUCUGAAUGUGUCUUCUCCAGCUACUGUCCACUCUCCUGUGUGAAGGUGUGGAAACUCCGAUUUUGUUCUCUGCUACUAUUCAUAGAGCUUUACACAGGAGACUAUGCAUUGCUUUACACAGGGGACUUCCAUGUGUGAUUGUCUGUGUGUGUGUCUUUGGAGAUGUGUGUGAAAGAAACACAUGAAAGAAAGUGAGAGCGGGUGUACAGGCUGAGUGGUUCAGUAAUUUGGAGGAAUAGGGAUGUUUUGAAUGGAGCUAAACACAUAGACCAUUAUGAUAUUACAUUUAUGGCCCUGCGAUUCCUCCUAGAGCUCUUUAGGAGCUGUAAAACUGUCUCUGUGCCUGAAUUUGUCAUUGCUAUAAAGAGCUUCAAAUCUAUGAGUCAUAAAAUAUGGAUAGAGGUAAAUAGAAGAGAGCUGCUGCACACAGAACAGAGAGCCAUCAUGACUUCUAAUGACUGGAGAAAAGUCUUUAGAAUGAAUUUGUACUGAACUGAGCCGUCAUGACUUUUAAUGACUGGAGAAAAGUCUUUUGAAUUAAUUUAUACUGAACUGAGCCGUCAUGACUUUUAAUGACUGGAAUAGUGUGUUGAAUUAAUUUAUAUGGAACAAAUAGAUCAUGACUUCUUAUGCCUGAAAUGUAGUCUGUGGAAGGAAUUU